AUGGAUGAUGGGCCUGUAUCUCAAGGUAGUGGUACCUCAACGGGAGCUGAAGAACGCCAUGACCAGCCGAAUGAGGUCCGAAAAUCCGGGGUGAAGCCGAAUAGUGGGUCAGCAGGCUCGGUUCUUGGCAAGGUUUCGCCCGCCGAGACAGCCAGCAAGCCACAAAGCUUGAGCCAACUCCGUCAUCUCCCAAACCGCCAAAGCCACGUCAAGCAGUUGCCGGCGAUAGCAACAACCCAAACUUUCGUUCACAUGGCCGACCUUACCACAGCGUUCAACGCCCUUUUGAAGGGCCGAGAGGCUCCUCCAACCAAGCCUUUUAAUCUGGAUACGGCCGACGAGUUCCUAAAAGAAGCCCACAGGAUAAACACCCUUAUUGCCCGUCUCCAUUCCGAACUGCGCAACCUGAGACAGGCCUAUCUUUCCACCGCCGCCCCGCGCAAGACUCACCUCCGCAAUGCCUCCUCCCAGCCUAUAUUCCUCACCGACCGCGACAGAGAAGAGAUCGACGCCAACGCCAAGAUGACGAUUCGAGAUCUCAAUGCUCGCAUCCGCGCGCUCGAGGACGCCGAGAAAUUGCGCCAGAGCACGGCGGCAGCGCUUUUAAAGAAACGGUUCUCCCACGGACUCGGCGCUUUGGGUUCUUGGGCAGCUGGUGGAGCUAUGUUGGGCAAGAGCAAGGAGCAGGAGAUGGCAGAGGCUGCGGCGCAUCAGCUGGAAGCCCACAGAGACAGUAUCAUCUGGUAUCUCUCGACACGCUUACGGGAAACCAUUCGGACACAGCAGCGCAUGAUGGAGACUCGCUUGGCCAGGGAGCUUGAAAAGAACAGGAGUGUGCUAGCCAGGGCCAAAGGCUCUGUGUUGCUGGCCUCUGGAGGGGGCUACACUGCCGAACCAGUUACUGCGGGGGCAAGGCCGAAUGUGCAUAAUGCCAGUCUAGCUGCUGAAGAGGAGCAAAGGCCGAAGCCACGCCUUGAUAACGACCUUACCGAGGAUCAGAUUCAGAUGUUCGAAAAGGGGAACCAGGAUAUGCUUAAGCAUUAUGAAAGCACACUGGAUAAAGUCAGAACUGCAGAAAAGUCACUCAUCGAGAUUGCUGAGUUGCAGAACUUACUAGUUGGCAAUCUCACUGCUCAGUCGGCUCAUAUCGACCAAUUGGUGGCCGAGUCGUUUGACACGACGGAAGGUAUUGGGAAAGGCAACAAAGAGCUCAAGAAGAGCACCUCGAGGAGUAGCCCUGCUCGAUACACUUUCUUUGCUGCCACAGGGCUAUGUACCGCGCUUGUUCUUUGGGACUUGAUAAUUUAG